UGCGCUCCCUGCCCUGGCUGCUCCUGUGCGCGGCGGGGAGCGCUUCUUAGGGGACAGAGCAGCCGGGAGGGGUGACACGGGGCGGGGGACAGCGCGGAGGGGCUGCGGGUCGCGCCUCCACGGGGCAUGUCACGCGUGGGAGCGGCCCUCCAGGAGCAGAAAGCAAAGUCUCUCGCAAUGAAUCCACGGCAGCUUCGAUUGAGCGGUGAGCUGGAGCAUCUACCCACAGGCCACUCCUCGAUGUGACUGCAAAGAGGCCCUUGCCAGCGCUGGGAGAGAGCAGAGCUGUGGAUUUACCCCCCAUGCAACCGUGUCCCCCCUGGCACCACGAGAUUCCAGUGACAGAUGGAUCUCUCUCAUGUGCACUUGCUCUUUCUCCCUCUGUAUUUUUGUUUUCAACUUGUUUGAUCUGAAGCUCUGAAGCUUCUCAGAAGGAACCCGGGAGAAAAGAAAAAGAAGGAGGAGGAACUGAAGGGAGUGUGAGCGACAGAGGAGGCAGCCUUGCCUUAUUCUUCCAAAUCACACCGUGGAGGGGCGGGGGAAGACCCGAGGGGGGAGGGUUUGGGUUUAUUUUGGGGUGGGUUCGGUGUGGGAGGCAGGUGGGUGGGAAGACAUUGGAAAAGGUGAGAAAGUUGCUCAUGAACAUCGAAGAUUUGUUUUCCUCCGUCUGAACUUUUGUUUAGAAAAGAAGCACAAGGUAGUUCUCUCCCAUACUGUUCAUCCUUGGUCACAGUUGUUGGGUGUGCUGGAAGUAAACUGCAUGUAUUCUCCCUGCUCCAUGCUCCUGGCUUGACCCAGAGGGCAAGAAGAAAUGAUGAUGAUGGCACCCAAUAGGACUGGGGUGCUCAUGCACUUCCAUUGCUAAGCCCCUAGUUAUUGCUCCUUUCACUUUCCUGUGCCUCUUACUUUCCUUUUUGCUGUGGUCCUGAAAUUUGAAUUUUUUGUUGUCUUAUUUUCUUUCUUUCUUUCUUUCUUUUUAAACAUUUUUUGGUCUGAUGAAGGCACCACCGAAGACCAUGAUGUGCCUGGGGUUUUGGGCAGCUGCUUUGCUCUGCUUGUUUUCCCCUGGCACCGUGCGGGGUGACUGCUGGCUGAUUGAGGGGGACAAAGGCUAUGUGUGGCUGGCCAUCUGCAGCCAGAACCAGCCCCCAUAUGAAACUAUCCCCCAGCACAUCAACAGCACGGUGCAUGACUUGCGUUUGAAUGAGAAUAAGCUCAAAGUGGUGCUGUACUCCUCCCUCAACCGCUUCGGCAACUUGACUGAUCUGAACCUGACCAAGAAUGAGAUCUCUUAUAUUGAGGAUGGGGCUUUCAUGGGCCAGACAAACCUCCAGGUCUUACAGCUGGGCUACAACAAACUUACGAACCUGACAGAGGGCAUGUUGAGGGGCAUGGCCCGGCUCCAGUUUCUAUUUGUGCAGCACAACCUGAUUGAGCUGGUCACCCCUACUGCCUUCUCUGAGUGUCCCAGCCUGAUUAGCAUUGACCUAUCCUCAAACCGUCUCAGCCGUCUGGAGGGGAACACUUUCACCAGCUUGAGCAAUCUUAUGGUGUGUGAGCUGGCAGGUAACCCCUUCAACUGUGACUGUAGCCUUUACAGCUUUCUUAACUGGUUGGCGCUCUUCAACAAUGUAACCAAGAACUACGACCGGCUCCAGUGUGAAACUCCACGAGAGUUUGCUGGGUACCCUCUCCUGGUACCUCGGCCUCACCACAACCGCAAUGCCAUCACCAUUUUCCAGUCUAUGUGCAGAGGUGGCACCAUCCCCUCUCUCUCCAGGGUCAACCCCACUCCUUAUACCCCUGACUCCCAGCGAGACCUGGAUGAGGGUUCAGCCAUCAGUCCUGGAGACUUCCUCUCUGUCAAGCCUCCAGCUUCUUCCACCACUGACUCCUCCUUCAGUCCCAGCAUCAAGCUCCAUGAUGUCACCAUCACUUCAGCCAUCCUGAUGGUAACCAUCCCCAUGCCCUACAGUAAGAUGUAUGUGCUGGUUCAGUACAACAACAGCUAUGUUUCUGACAUCGCAACACUGAAGAGCAAGAAGGAAUAUGUCACUGUCAACAAAUUGAAGGCCCACACUGAUUACACUUUCUGUGUGGCCUCCAUCCGCAACAACAGACGCUAUAACCACACUUGCUUGACCUUUGCAACCAGGAGCAAAGGCAGGGAGGAUCCUAUUUCCAGUACUUCCACCACCACGCACUAUAUCAUGACCACCCUGGGUUGUCUCUUCGGGAUGGUCAUUGUCCUUGGGGUGGUAUACUACUGCCUGCGAAAGCGGAGGAUGCAGGAGGAGAAACAGAAGUCCCUCAAUGUAAAAAAGACAAUCCUAGAAAUGCGUUAUGGAUCAGAUAUUGAUACCAGUACCAUGGUCCAUCCUUCCCAGAAACUGGGUGAGCCACCAGUCAUCCCUGUCUCACGCAUGUCCUCUAUCCCUUCCAUGAUUGGGGAAAAGUUGCCCCCACCAAAGUCAAUGGAGACUGGGAUGGAGACCCCCAAAGUCACCACAAAAGGCAAUUACAUUGAGGUGCGGACUGGUGGUGGGGAUGGGCUGGAACGGACCCCACGGGAUGAGGACCUGAGGGAGCUUGACAAUGGGCAAGGCUCAGCUGCUGAGAUCUCUACUAUUGCCAAGGAGGUAGACAAAGUCAACCAGAUCAUCAACAACUGCAUUGAUGCCCUCAAGCUGGACACAGCCUCUUUCCUGGGGGGUGGAACUGGCGUUGACUCAGACAUGGCCUUUGAGUGCCAGUCCAUACCUGCCAGUUCUUCGGGUGGGCUAGAGCGGCCCAGCUUUCUUUCCCCACCCUACAAGGAAAGUUCCCACCACCCUUUGCAGCGCCAGCUCAGUGCUGAUGCUGCUGUGGCCAGAAAGACCUGCAGUGUUUCCUCUAGUGGCUCCAUCAAGAGCGCCAAGGUUUUCAGCUUGGAUGUGCCUGACCACCCACCGCUGAGCAAAUCUGACUCCAAAUACAUUGAGAAGGGCAGCCCACUCAACAGCCCUUUGGAUCGUCUUCCCUUGGUGUCCCCAGGCGCCAUCCACCACUUGGAGGUCAAGCCCUCCUACCACUGCAGUGAGCACCGACACUCCUUCCCGGCCCUGUACUAUGAGGAAAGCGCAGACACCUUGAGCCAGAGGGUGUCAUUCCUCAAGCCGCUCUCCCGCUCGAAGCGAGACUCCACAUAUUCCCAGCUCUCCCCCAGACACUACUUCUCGGGUUACUCCUCCAGCCCUGAGUACUCAUCGGAGAGCACCCACAAGAUUUGGGAGCGAUUCCGGCCUUACAAGAAGCAUCAUAGGGAGGAGGUUUACAUGGCAGCUGGACAUGCCCUGCGGAAGAAAGUUCAGUUUGCCAAGGAUGAGGAUCUGCAUGACAUCCUGGAUUACUGGAAGGGAGUCUCUGCUCAGCAGAAGCUGUGACUCUUCCCUACUCUUUCCAAGAAAACAAUACAAAACAAGACCCCCUUCCCCAACAACCAGAAAAAAAAAAAAAUGCCACUUGACUGUGAAAAAUAAACCAACAUCAAAAUACUCCGACAAAUACAAAACUGACAGAAUCUUUUCUUAAAGUUUACAACAACAACAGAAAACUCUCUCACACAGACACACACACACACACACACACACAAGCCGAAUUGUCUCUACUGUGUUACGGGGACCAUUGUUCUGCCUGCAGAUGACUGGGAGGAGAUUACUGCUCUGACACUGUGGUAACAGCACUGGAGUGUGUGCAGGUGGGACUGGCCUGGGAGGAGGUGGCAAUGGUGACCAGGGUGAGGCAGGGAUGGACACUCACUGGGAAUGGAACUGAGCUAUGAAUUACUGCUCUUUCUGUUUCUCUUUGCUGACUGAAAGCUGAUUUUUCUUUUCAGUGGGAGAGGAGGAGUUUUGUUUAGAAAGCUGCUCUGUCCACUUGAUACAUCUACUUUUCCAAAUCUUUCAUCACACUAGUUUUCCCCCAUUUCCAUUGGCAGUGGAAGCGUUUCUCUCUCUCACCCCUCAUGUUCCAAGACAGGUAGGAUUUAUUGGAAGAAGCUCUCUCCUUUUCCUUUUCCUCUUCCCUAUCCAUCUCUGUUAGGGCUCCUUUGCACUUUUAAAAUAAAUACUGCAUGAACUUCCACCCUCCUUGGAAGAGGGAGAGUGUGAAAGACAGAAGGAGGAAGACCUGACACGCAACAGGCUCUAUGCCCAUGCAGCUCUCCCCAGGUCCCUUCUCCCACCAUGUUGGUGAUGAACACUAGUGACUCUGGAGUGACUGGCCUGCUCAGAGCCAGUUAUAUGCCUAUCACUGAAGGGGUAUGGCUGUGCUCUUUUGCGCAUCAAGUCAGUUCCUCAAGGAAUGGUGGACAAGGAGGUAAGAAGGUCCAGUCUCUCAGAGGUGUAAAGGAUUCUCAUCUCCCCAUGAGUGUCACAGGUCAGAGGUCUUUCCCAUCACACAAACCCAUGAUCUGGUCAGUAGGUUUGGCACACUCUUCUGCCCCUCUUACUAUGAAUAAGGAACCUGGAGAGGAGCUAAAUAGAACAACUUCUGCACAAAGCUUCUGCAGCUCUUCCCAAGUGACUUGCAUCAUGUUGGAAUGGGGUAGAAGAGCAUCAGCCAUUCUCCUCUCUUGAUUAAGGAGGGGUAGAGUAGGUGUAUGUGAAGAAUAGAAUUUCUGAUGUUCAGAAAUCUACUCCUCACUGAAUUGACAGAAAAGCCACAAAGUUUCUUCCACUUGAAUAGCCCAUGGGCACUUCAGCAUGGGUAGGAGACAGCCUAGAGUGGAGGAAGGAGCACAGAAGAAAUGUGAGAAUGGGUCCAGUAAGGAUAGAUUCAGGAGAAGCUCCCUUUGUGCGCAUCUCAUGUGCUGGGAUAGGGAAGGUACCAGCCUCUGGAUAGCAAUGUUUCUCUGAAUACCUAAAGGCCCUCGUGAGAGUCUGAGCAAACUUAUCACCUCCUAAGCCCUUCACCUCCUCACAGUUAGCUGAGACAGACUUCUCAUAGGAAUUCUUCAAUUUCCUGGCAAAAAAAAAUGAGUUUCCUUUACUAGGUCCCAGACUCUGACCUUUGGAUAGAAGAUCUGCCACAGAGUUAGGAACGAGCCUAUUGCCCUGUAUACUUCAUCCUGUUAAUGAGCAGCCCAACAAAGCACAAUCUUGGUACUCCUUCCUCUACAUUUUCCUUGUCAGGCAGGUGUAGCUGCCUGCAGAAUGCAUCUUUAUACAGCACAUUGGGCCUCCCCUCCACGAGCUGCACAUCCCAACUGUUCUUGACAAUUGUUCACUCAUAUCAGGAUGAGAGUGGGAGCCUGUGUUGUGUUGGUCUUUCCCAAGUGCCUAUUUCCUUUCUGAGGCACUCUUCAGAAUCCUCAAUAUGUCUGGGGGCCCUGGGAGAAGGAUGAAGGUUUAGGAGAUUCUCUGGGAGCUAUUUAUGUGCUGCCUGCAGACAACCAUCCCAUUAUCUGUCAGGUUGUUGCACUGCCAGCUGUGGCAGCUGAUUUCAGUGCUACUGUGAUAUAGCUUCAUCUUCUGAAAGUGAGGAGCAGCAGUAGACAGAGCCUGGUGUGCAAAAAUCACUAGAGAUCUACAAGGUCUAAGCCUGUGAAAAUCCUUGGGGUCCCUUCCUUGUAGGGAUGCUGCUGGCAACAAUUCUAAGACAGCUCCGAAUCCUGUUGCCUCAGUCUCUUUCACUGUCAGCCAUACCUCCCCUUAGUCAGAGCAUCAUUUUGCCUUGAGUCCAGAAGUAUUCAUGGAGUUGACUCCACUGUGUAAGAGCCAGAGAAACCCCAAAGGGUUAUGUGUGUUUGUAUGUGUUCAGAAUGAUGAAACACAUCUCUGCUGCCAAGUGUCCCUCCAUGCUGGGACAACACAGCAAACCAAAACAGGUCAAUGCUGUGAGAGAUCCACAGGCACAGCAGAGACCUCUCCAGCUAUCACAUAGAGCAGGCCCAGCAGUCUUCCAGCCUGGCAAUGAUCCAAGCAGGAAAGGCUAAUAACUGGGGCACGGAAUUGGACAGGAAAAGGAGGAUGACAGACACAGGGGGAUGGAGUUCUGUUCCUCUCCCCACCUCUUCUCUCCCUGUGCUUCUCCACUCCUGUAUGGUCUUGUAAUAAGUUCUGCUCAGUUUAUAGCAUUAGAGGGAAGACUUAAAAAACUGUAAUGCUUUCUGCUCUCUCCCCACAUCACCUAAGCAAGGUAAAAAAGAAAGGUCAGGAAUACAACUGUCAUCAGGCCCUUCUUUUGCCUGUGGUGGGGGUAAGGCUGGGUAGGGGGGGAAAAACCAUUUCUCUCCCCACUGUAGCCCCCAUUCCAAGCCAGUGGAUGAAGUUUGCACAAGAUGGACUGUUCUGUGGGAGGAAGAGGGCAAGAAAAGGGAACAAAGUAUCCUGCCUUCCUUCCUCCUCCCUUCUUCCUUGUCCUGCUCCCUUUCCAGGGAUGAGGGCUUGCAAAGUGAUGCCAGCCCUUUUGGAGGAAGGCAGAUUUAACGUUCUAUUUGCAUGAUGACUUUAUUGUAUUUUUCUGAGCAAACAUCUGUUGUAUAUGUGCCAGUUUGUUGGAAUUUAACUUCCUCCCCAAAGUCUCUCCCAUCCUCAUCCCCAUUUUUCCUGCUCCUCUCCAUCAUCCCUGAUAUAAUUUUAUGAGAGAUUCCUACAAGUUUGAGAGGGAAUGCACUCCAAAGAGAGCCCAACCUAAUCAACCCAACAAAAAUCUUCCACUCCUCUUUCCAGUGUCUACUCCCCUUGCCCCAAAUGUGGUCUUUUAGCUGCUUUUCAGGGUUGUGUGUGUGAAGGGGAAUGUGUUAUAUGCCAAAGGCCUGCUCUUCCAAGUGCUCAUCAUUUCACCUAAUUAUUUAGAAAUAGGAGAGAGGCCCAUCGAGAUAGAUCUCAUAAGAGAAAUGGUUUCUACCAUCCCCCUGCCCUGGUUUCACCUUCCCCAGAUUUACAGGCAAGGCCAUUCUUGGGGGAGCCAGGAAUGCCUCACCUGCAGGGAAACGUGAUACAGGAAGAACUUGAUUUGAAGCUGGUUGCAAUCACUAUAAGACCCUCUACCACCUUCCUCUCACUGACUGCAGACGGCUUUGCAUUAGGCCUAUCCUAUCCCUUUCCUGUGGGUGGCCUUAGCAGAGGGAAUGGCACGAUGACACCUGUAAGACCUUCAUGGUAGAGAAAGGCCCCAAGAGAAUGCCCAGAACUUCUAAGCCCUCUACAGCUUGGUUUUGGUGAUAGCUCCUCAUCCUUGCCCUCUUGCAGAGCAAAGUAGGUCCAUGGGGCAGAACAAGGACUAUCCCCCUUCACACAUUAUUUCUGUGUUGGUGACUACUGACAGGGAACAAUGCAGUUUUAGUUCACAUCAUUGGAAAGAGUGGAGAAUGCAAAAUGAAAGGGAGUUCUGAUCUGCUCUCUCCUCAAGAAUAGGCUGAGGGGGAGCUGGGUUGGAUUCCUGCAUCCAGAAGAGUAAAAGCAAGACCCUAGGUGUGGUCUACACCUUCCCCAGGAACCCUUCCCCUUCCCCACACCUGUAGGUGAUGACUGACCCCAGCUCAUGCUCCAGUGCCACAUUCCCACUCCCCACUCUUCCAUGCUGAAUAAAUCCCUCCUGAGGCAGGUGUGAAAUAUUCAUGACUGACAAAUGAAGAUUUAUGUCGGGCUGAGGAGGCCUAUGUGUGUUUGCAAUGCUAAUCAGCCUGUCUUCCUGGAGGAGGUUCUGCCAGGCAGGCUUGGGGGAAGGAGGGGGAGAUAUGCAUAAGGGAAGCAGGAAAGGGAACUGAGGAAGGAAGAGGAGGGGCAGGGAUGAGGACGAUCUAUACUGGAGAGAUGGAGGGAUGGGGAGGGAGAAAGUAGGAAACAGAUAGAGGGAGAUGAAGAGGGACAGGCUGGAAGGAAGAGGGGAAAAGAUGGCUGUACAGGAAAGAAUGGGAUAUAAAGGGUGAAACGGCUGAGUGCAGGGGUGGAGGCUCUCUGAGAAGAAGUGGGGAAUAGUCAGCAGUUCCUGAAGAGAAAAAGCUGGAUGGGCUUCAUGAUGAGCUGUGGCCCCUUUCCGUAGGGCAGAGCUCAGCAUUACAGGGCGGGCAGCUGCCACGUGGGCAGGAGCUGCUGGAGCCAGGGCCCCAGAAGCACAUUUGCCAUGCUUCUUGCUCAUCAGAAAGCUCGAUUGCAUCUGGAAGCACACACAGCCUCUGGGAACCUGGAGAAAAGUCCUCUUCCACCGCUACCACCUCCUUUGGCUGCACACAAGAGGAGCCUCAUGGAGCCAUGUCCUCUCCCUGGAGCCAGCCUGCUGAACGUCCCACCACCUGAGCAGCCUCAGAGUGGCUUUGAGUGGGAAGGACACUGAAUGCCACCCUUCACUGGGCCAUGGGGCUCUCCCAUAGGGCUGGAGGAACCUGCCCCACUUCAUCUCCCCCCUGAAGGCAGAUGUUUUGGGGUGUCCCCAAGGGGCAGACGGGGUGUCUGUUGUUUCCCCUUCUCCCCCCACACACGUACCCUGUCCCUCCAGCCGCUUUGGCCUUGUACUAUGAGGGGCUCCCUUGGUCUGCCUCCCCUUUUCCUCCCCUGCCUUGAGCCACAGUGAGGCUGUCUCUAUACCUCUCCCCAUGAAGGCAGCUCUCAACCCACCUCUCUUCAACCCUUCUCCCCUUUCCCCAUCUCAUGGGUCCCCCUCCGUUUGCCCCAUCCCCACGCGUUUGGCUUGGCCUUUGCCUCUCCGUUACCACCACCGCCACUGUGAGGCCUUGCUCUUUGGUGGCCCGCUCCCACCACCCAUUGUCCCCUGUCCCCGGGGAGAAGGGGCUGGCUGGGUCAGGUGAGCUCCACCAGGGCUGGUACCACUGGUCCAUCCACAAGCACAGCACUCGGGGUGAGGGGAUGGGAAGGGGUGGGCAGCUGCCAGGAGAAGAGCUGGGGAGGUUUUCCCUUGAAUGUAAAGAAGGGCCUUGGAGGCAGCUGCUGGGACUGGCUCCUUGUGUCCUCUUGGUGUUCCUCUUUCCACAACAGCCCUGUGACCCCCCUGGUUGUGUAUGGACACAUUUGAGUUGGAGUUAUAUUGUUUUCUUCUGUUCUUUCUUUUUUUCUUUCUUUUU